AUGUCUUCCAAGUACGAUUAUCUGUUUAAAUUCAUAAUAAUUGGUGACACAGGUGUUGGAAAAUCAUGUUUGCUUAUGCAAUUUAUUGGUAGAGGUUUUCGGCGAGAUCAUGAUUUUACCAUUGGUUCUGAAUUUGGGGCCAAAAAUAUAAAAGUAAAUAAUAAAACUAUCAAGUUAUAUAUGUGGGACACGGCUGGUCAAGAGACAUUCAGGUCCCUUACAAGGUUUUACUAUAGGGGUGCAGUUGGAGUGCUGCUUGUUUAUGACAUCACAAGGAGGGAAACUUUUGACCACCUUCCUACUUGGUUGGAAGAUGUUAGAAAAUAUGUAGAUACAAACACAAGCAUAAUGUUGAUAGGUAGCAAAUGUGAGCUUGAUCACAUGAGAGUUGUGAGUAUUGAAGAAGGUAAACACUUUGCUAUGAUGAAUGGCUUGCAAUUCAUGGAGGUUUCUGCCAAAACAACUCAAAAUGUGAAUCAGGCAUUUAUCAGAACUGCAGAAACAAUCUAUAGGAAUAUUGAAGAUGGAGUUUUUGUUCUACCUAAUGAGAAGGGAGAGGUGGUGGUGGUGGAGCUUGUUGCGGAUUGA